GCUGUAAUUCACGAUUAAAGAUUAAGACAUGCAGUUGUGAGUGAAUUCAGUGAUUCAGUGAGACCAAUGACUAGUAUAAAAGCAGAUAGUCACUCUUGUGUUUCAUGCACCAAAGUCAAAAGUCACUAACAUGGCUUCCUCAAUCUUUCUAGUGUUGCUCCUUUUUGCUCUCUUUGCAAUACCUCAAGGGCUUGCCAACUAUGAGAAACCUCCUGAGUAUAAUCCACCAGUUGAGAAACCUCCGGUUUAUCAGCCACCGAUAGAGACACCGCCAGUGUACAAGCCACCAAUUGAGAAGCCUCCAAUUUACCAACCACCUGUGUAUAAGCCACCAGUUGAAAAACCCCCAAUUUAUCAGCCACCUGUAUAUAAGCCACCAGUUGAGCACCCUCCGAUUUACAAGCCACCAAUAGAAAAACCACCUAUCUACAAACCACCAAUUGAGAAACCUCCGACUUACAAACCACCUGUAGAAAAUCCACCUGUGUACAAGCCACCUGUAGAGAAGCCACCUGUGUACAAGCCUCCCGUUGAGAACCCUCCAAUUUACAAGCCACCGUUGGAGAAGCCACCGAUUUACAAACCUCCAUUUGAGACACCACCAAUUUAUAAGCCACCAUUCGAGGAGCCACCAGUUCAUAAACCUCCAUUUGAGGAGCCACCAAUUUACAAGCCUCCGUUUGAGAAACCACCAAUUUAUAAGCCGCCAUUUGAGGUGCCACCAAUUUACAAGCCUCCGUAUGAGAAACCACCUGUUUACAAACCUCCGUUCGAGGAGCCACCAAUUUAUAAGCCGCCAUUUGAGGAACCACCGAUUUACAAGCCUCCAUUCGAGAAGCCACCAGUUUACAAUCCACCAAUAGAAAAACCACCUAUUUACAAACCUCCAAUUGAAAAGCCUCCGACUUAUAAACCACCGGUAGAGAAACCACCAGCAUACAAGCCACCAGUAGAAAAGCCACCAAUUGAGAAACCACCUUUGUAUAAGCCACCUGUUCAACAACCCCCUGUUUAUAAACCACCAGUGUACAAGCCACCAGUAGAAAAACCACCAAUUUACAAGCCACCAGUUGAGCAACCUCCUGCAUACAAACCACCAACAGAGAAACCACCUGUGUAUAAGCCACCAGUAGAAAAACCACCAAUUUACAAGCCACCAGUUGAACAACCACCUGCAUACAAACCACCUACUUACAAGCCACCAGCAGAGAAACCACCUGUGUAUAAGCCACCAGUAGAAAAACCACCAUUGUAUAAGCCACCGGUUGAGAAACCACCAGUUUACAAGCCACCAACAGAAAAACCACCAUUCUACAAGCCACCAGUUGAGACACCCCCAGUUUACAAGCCACCUGUAGAAAAACCACCAGUAUACAAGCCACCUGUAGAGAAGCCGCCAGUGUACAAACCCCCAAUUGAGAAUCCACCGAUUUACAAGCCUCCUUUCGAGAAGCCGCCGAUUUACAAGCCUCCAUUUGAGAAACCACCUGUUUAUAAGCCUCCCGUUGAGGAGCCACCAUUUUACAAACCUCCGUUCGAAAAUCCGCCCAUUUACAAGCCUCCAUACGAGAAACCACCACUUUACAAACCUCCAUUUGAGAAACCACCACUUUACAAACCUCCAUUCGAGGAGCCUCCUCACCACCCAAAGUACCCUCCGGCUGAUGAUGCUACUCAUUUUUAGAACAUGCUAUGCUAAGUAAAGAUGGUUAAAUAAGAAAUAUAUAGUUUUCAAAGCAAGGAUUAUAUAUUCUUGGAAUCUUUAUUUCAAUCACUUGUUUUCAUUGCUAUGGCCAAUACAAGAAUGUGAGUGUAAUACAGUGAAAGAAAAUGGUGCCUUUGUACUCCAAAUUAUGAAUUAUAAGUACUUUUGAUUUUGUCUUGGUUGACUAAA